AUGCCUUCCUCUACAAUCAACAUGUUCGAGGAUAAUAUCCUUGUUGAGAUUGAUGGUGUUCACCUCUAUGUGGAAUACAUAUCGUCUCAGCCUCAAUAUCGUCACUCCUGGAUCCAAGUGAUUUUCUGGUUCAAAGAUAUUGAGAAGAUCAUUCGGCAAGGCUUGGACAAUGUUGAUAAUCAGCCGUCCAGCACAGUUGUGACUGAAGAAAAAAUCAAGACUGAAUCCGAUUCACCUCAGACUACUGUGAAAUUCGAGGAUGAGGAUGUGAAGCUCGAGCUCGAGGGGGGAAGUGCCCCAGCCGAAGAAGAUGGCACGAAUUCUAUGACUGUAUCUCUGUGCAAGCUACUCACUCAACGUUGUCAUAAUCCAAACGCAUGCUCUACAGACCCAUUUGCAUCAUGGCGCUACUUGGUACAACCUUUCGAUCGGUCGAAUGUUGCAACACAAGCGGCUAAAAGGAAGGCAUUGUCUGAAGAGAUUAGAAACUAUUCAGAAAAACGUCGUAAAGUCUGA